AUGAGUUUCAAUAUUCGCUUCGAUGGUAAGGAGUGGGAUGAUAAUAAUCAUUUUACCAAAAGAUUACAUAGAUUAAGUGAAACUAUACAAAAUUGGAAACCUUAUGUUAUUGGACUACAAGAACCAUCAGCAGGACAAGUAUUACAUUUGCAAUCGGUUCUGCCGAGUUAUUAUCAAGCAAUUGGCUUUCAUCGUACUAUCGGUAAUCUUGAUCACCCAUCACGUCAUAACGAUUUUCAAGUGGCCAUAUUGUACGAUAAUCGCAUAUUGAAGCUAAUGGAGCGUGAUUAUAUAUGGUUAUCGAAAACACCCCGUUUAGAACGAAGUAAAAGUUGGAAUAGUCUCGGUAUUCGAACAUUAAAUAUUGCACGCUUCAGUCUCAUUCGUAGUUCGUCCACAGAAAUUUUGAUAUUUAACACACAUUUAGAUGCAUUUAGCGAGGAAGCUAGAAGAGAACAAGCUAAAAUCGUUUUAUCUACUAUCAAGGAAUGGAAAGAAAGAUAUCCUUUGUCUGUCCUCUUCUUAACAGGAGAUUUCAAUUCUGUUCCAGGACAAGGCGCCCAUUCUAUAUUAACUCAAAAUAACUAUAUGUUC